AUGCCAAAGAAAUUUUGGGCCGAGGCUCUCUAUACUAGUUCCUACAUUCAAAAUCGAUGCUUCACCAAAUCCAUUGAAGGCAAGACACCCUAUGAGUUGUGGUUUGGAGAGAAUCCAUCUUUAGAGAAUGUUAAAGUGUUUGGUAAUGUGUUCUUUUUCCAUGUUCACUCACACAUGAGAGAUAAGCUCGACAAAAAGGCUAAUGUUGGUGUCUUGGUGGGAUAUAGUGAGGUUACCAAAGGUUUUAGGGUCUAUAACCUAAAGACCAAAAAGCUUAUGGUAACAAGAGAUGUGAAGAUUAAUGAGAAUGCAAAAUGGGAUUGGAACAAUAAGGAGGAUGAUGAUCUAUUCCAAGAAAUCAUUGGAGUCGAUUUGGAGGUUGGUGAUGGUGUUAGAGGGGAGAGAUCUUUGUCCGAGAUUUAUGAAAGGUGUAAUGUUGCACUUGGUGACCUUACAUGUGUGCAAGAGGCCUUGAUGAAGAAAGAGUGGAAGGAAGUAAGAUUGGUGGUCAAGGGUUAUGCACAACAAGCUGGAGUUGACUAUGGGGAGAUGUUUGCACCCGUAGUAAGGAUGGAAACCAUUAGACUCAUCCUUGAUCUUUUGGCUACCAAGCAAUGGAGUGUGUUUCACUUGGAUGUGAAAUCAGCAUUCUUGAAUGGUGCAUUGCAAGAAGAAGUGUAUGUGAAGCAACCGGAGGGCUAUGUGAUUGAAGGACAUGAAGAUAAGGUUAAAAGCUUCACAAAGCCUUAUUGGUCUUAA